AUGUGCAAAAAACUAGGCUUCGGAAAGCACUUGAAGUGUGUGGCGGCCAGGGCAACAACAACAAUUGCCUCGCUGUCAAGGAUAAUGCCGAACAUCGGCGGUCCAAGGCAAAAGAAACGACAAUUACUAAUGUCAGUCGCGCAGAGCCAGCUGCUGUACGCAUCACCUAUAUGGGCGUCUGCAUUAGUUUUUGAUGUCAACAAAAAGAAGAUGUUGAAACCGCAGUGGCUGAUGUCUAAAAGAGUGGCGUGCGCCUACACGACUGUAUCAACAAACGUCAUUAUGGUGGUGGCAGGUAUGCUACCUUUGCACAUCAUGGUAUCGGAGAAAAAUGCCGUCCACGUGGCGAAGAAGGCGGGAUUAACUCUACUGACCAAGCGAGAGCUGUGA